UUCCAAAAUAAAAAACGCAAUAACGUCACAAAGAGAGAGAGAGAAAGUGAGACAAGGAGAGAGAGAAAGAGAGAGAGAGAGAGAGAGAGAGCACCGCAGUGGAUUGGUCGGAAUAUCCCUCCUGUGUGUCAACAGUUAAGGAGCAGACUGGAGUAAGGCAACAUCACUGCAUCACUUUGUCAGAGCCUGUGUUCAUUCUUCUCUCCUCAGUCUGAAGCUGCCUGUGCAGAGGAAACGACUCAAGCAACAUCAACAUCAACAACAUCAACAACAUCAACAGCAGCAGCAGCAACAGCAGCGGCAAACAUGAAUCGUUCCUCCUGGAGUCCCUGCAGGAGGCAGGAGCAGCGAGGAAGCGGCCAGCGGCCACACAGCAUGGAUGCUGCUCACCACGGAGGAGGAGGAGGAGGAGGAGGAGGAGGAGGAGGCUUCAGGACCACGGACAGCGGCGCAGGAUCCCCGCUCCACAAAGCAGCCCGCAGCAGGAGGCACCUGGAGGGAGUCCUGAAGAAAUACACCAACCUGCUCCACGGCUGGCAGAGCAGAUAUUUCGUGCUGGACCCAGAGGUCGGUCAACUCCAGUAUUAUCUAAACGAACUUAGUAAAAAUCAGCAUCCUCCCCGUGGGUCUCUGCCUCUUCUCGGCACAACAGUGGUUUCGAGCAAUGAGUUCCCUUACAUGUUUACUGUUCAGUCCACUGCUGGGGAUUUCUACAAACUCAGAGCACUGGACGCCCAGGAACAAGAGUUAUGGAUGACUCAGCUGCAGCUAUGCUCCCGACGCCACUCUGACAGCAGCACCAACAAGGAGACGAAUCAAGCUGAAGGGGAGCAGAAGAGCCUUGUCAACUCAAUUGAGACCCUGUCCCACCGAGGUGGACCCCUCUCUUCUCUGGAUGAGGAUCUACUUCUUUUAAAAGCUACAUCAGCCGCCACCUUGAGCUGCCUGGGGGAGUGUCUCAGUUUGCUGCAGCACAAUGUUGUCCAGGCCUUGAACCAGAACCAGAACCAGAACCACAUCCCUCUUCCCAGCCUCAGCCUCAGUUCACCUGGUGUGAAUAAGGCGUCUCCAACAGAGAGAGUAAAUGUAAACCAGUUGGAGCCCGGUGGCCUUGAUUCCAGGAGACGGAGCCCAACUCCCAGCUUUAGUGAGAAUCGAAGCCCAACUCACAGCCUUAGUGAGAAACGGAGUCCGAAUCACAGCAGCAUCGAUGGAAGACGAGGGAGUGGCCACAACCACAUUCGGAGCCAGAGUCAAGGCCAUGUACAUACAGAUAGCCCCACUGCACGGUCCAGAUCUCCAUUUGAGAAGCAGAUGAAAAAUGGCCCUCAAGUACCUCUCUCCUCUGCUGCCUGGCCUUCUUCCACUCAAACACAGAAAGACCCAGAGCAGGGACAAACCACCAGCCCACACCUCCCAGAUCCCACUGACGAGACCACGGACACAGAGGACAAUGAGGAGGAGGACCUGGGAGUCCUGGAUGAUCAACGAAGCAUCAUCAUACACCUGCUGUCCCAGCUCAAACAUGGCAUGGAUCUGACACAGGUCGUGCUCCCUACCUUCAUCCUGGAAAAGCGCUCCUUACUAGAGAUGUUUGCUAAUUUCAUGGCUCACCCUGACAUGUUCCUCUCUAUCACAUCUGGCUGCACACCAGAGGAGCGUAUGCUUCGCUUUGUUGAGUACUAUCUGACUGCCUUCCACGAGGGCCGGAAGGGCGCUGUGGCCAAAAAGCCCUAUAACCCCAUCCUGGGUGAGAACUUCCACUGUUCAUGGUAUGUGCCUCGGGACCGUGUCCGAUCUCUCAGGACCACCAACUGCACUGCUUCCAACUCCGCACCCACAGCCCCCUCCAACAUCCCCAGGUACUCCCAGAGGAGGACAGAUGGUGGCUGCGGCAGUGGCAGAACAUCAGACUGCUAUUGUGUUCGCUUUGUGGCUGAGCAGGUGUCCCACCAUCCACCUGUGUCAGGCUUCUACUGUGAGUGCAAGGAGAAGAAGAUGUGUGUCAACACUCACAUCUGGACAAAGAGCAAGUUCAUGGGCAUGUCUGUUGGAGUCUCCAUGGUCGGGGAAGGUGUGCUGUAUUUGUUGGAGCAUGAUGAGGAGUAUGUAUUCACACUCCCAUGUGCUUAUGCCCGCUCCAUCCUUACGGUGCCUUGGGUGGAACUUGGGGGGAAGGUCACUAUCAACUGUGCCAAGAGUGGGUAUUCAGCCUCCGUCACUUUCCAUACCAAACCCUUCUAUGGAGGGAAAGUACACAGAGUAACAGCAGAGGUGAAGCACAACCUGACAGGAAAUAUCAUAUGUAAGGCGCAGGGGGAGUGGAAUGGGAUUCUCGAGUUCACCUACAGCAAUGGAGAAAACAAGGUCAUUGAUACCUCCAAGUUGCCGGUCAUCAAGAAGAAGGUCCGGCCUUUACAGAAGCAAGGCCAGUAUGAAUCACGGCAUCUUUGGCAGCAUGUGACAUCAUCACUGAAGGCAGGAAAUAUGGACACAGCCACAGAACACAAACACUGGCUGGAGGAAAGGCAGCGGCGUGACAGCAAACAGAGAGCUACUGACAAAACCCCCUGGAAACCCAAGUAUUUUAUUAAAGAGGGUGAAGGCUGGGUCUACCACAACCCUCUCUGGAAAGCUCACUGACCAGCAGUCUUGGAAGCAGUUGUCCACCUGAAGACAUCCAGUGGAGCAAUCAGGACAAAGAGAGACAGCGAGAGGUAAAACUCUCUGUGUACCACAACAAAAGGUGCCAAAGACUUCCAGAUGACAUGGAUCUUGUCAAAUUAGACACACGUUUGCUCACAGUGAGGUGAGCCUGAUCUCACAGGGGUACAGACACUUUUGAUAUACAGUAACACAUUCAAUGACAGAAUGGACCUUUUUGUUUCUGACAUUAGAAACAACAAACUACUGUAAACUGCCCCUCUAAUGUUUUUGUUGUUUGCACAAUGUACUAAACUAAAUGUCGGGCACUAUAGUUUUGCUCAAUUCACUGUCAAAUAAACAACGAUGGGUCAGAAGUCUAUGACCACUCAGAGAUGUAAGUACAAUGCUAAUAAUGCUGAUUAACUCAUAACAACAAUGUAUGUUAAGCUCUGGGAAAAUACAGUUUUAUUGGAACAUAUAACAUAUAACCACAGUGUGUCAGAUGUGCACUUGCAGAAAUGUGCAGAUGUAAAGACCUGUGCACUUUAAGGACCAAAUCAUCACAUCCAGACGCCAGGGUUCACAGGCGCUCCUGGUCAGCAGAGGUCAGAUACUAGGGUUGGGUAUCAUUCACAUUUUAAUUUUUGGUGUUACUCUUGCCUUGAAUUUGGUACCGGUACCCAACAGUACCACUUUUUGGUACUUCAGUCUCUAUGUAAUGACAAACAUCUUCUAAGACUCACCACAACAAACAGACUGGCACUGCUCUCUCUCUCUCACACACACACACAGUGCUGAAAUCUAGCACUGAUUGUUUAAAUGUGAAUUAGUGUUUGGUGGUACUGACAAUUUUGGUUUGUGCCAUUGAAAGUGUUAAGUUCAGUACCCAACCCAGGGACAUGCUGACAGUAAUCAGUGGACGGAUAAACCAUAAAGGUCCAAUAUGCAAAUAUUCCCGAAAUACCAGACCAAUACAGAUCCUGGUCUUAUCUAUCUCCUUGUCUGAAGCCUUCUUAGCCAAAGAACAAGCAUUGAGUCGGUCAGGGAUCACUGGGUCAUAGUCCCCAGGUUACUGAGUAGGGUGACAGACCAUGCGCCUUGUCUUGGGGGCCACCCGCCGUGUGGGUGCACAGACCUGGCCAUAGAGGCAGGACCGCGACUGGGCCCAGUAAAGGGUUCCCGGGACAGACAGAGUGAUUCACUCCUACCAAUUGUUGUCAUUUUACUGCGAUCUCUUAUCCCGUGCAAAUUGGCCAUUAAUAUUACAAAUUACAAAUCCUUUGGUAAAAUUCCAUUACUCCACCUACCCCUGUAAAACUAAUCCUAGAUUUAAGAUGUGUGACAUCACUCAUUGCUCAAGACAUUAGUAUUCUACCAGAGGCAAUUGCUCUAUGACAGCACAUAAAAUGGGAGCAGCAUUUAUGUAUAAAUUAUAUUUAUGGGCCUGAAAUGAGCUUCCCUUGUUUCAAAGACAAGUGAUCACCACUGUAUUCUACUGUGUGUUUCCAUGUUUGUUGCAUAUUGAACCUUUAAAAGGAUCUGCUGCUAACAUACCGCAGGCACAGAGGUCAGAUCGAGUCCAGCCAACUCACUAUAAAACUAGAGUGGUGAUAAUGAUUUUGGCUUUGGUGCAGUGUUCGCAGCACUACCUCUGUGAGACUCAUGUGUUAUUGUGUUUUUAUGUUCAGGUGUGGGUGUGUGUGUAAGAAUGGAUAAACUACUUAGCCAGUUUGAAAAACAACCAUGUAAAGCACAUUUAGCACAGCAGAAUGUAGUCAGACUAUAGUUUUGAAGUUGAAGCUGUAGUUCACCGAUCUUCUCUGUAAUAGAACUCUUUUCAAUUUCCUAUAACAGGACUUUUUAAGCGACUUUUAUUAUUAAUCACUUUGGGACGCCUCCAUAAUCAAGAGUACAUACCAUUUAUCACAUCAUGAGAAUCCCGUACACCCAUGACUCACCCACAGCAUCUACAGUGAAACCCUCCAGUCAACCGUGCUGUUACUGUAGCCAUUUAUGCUGCAAUUUGAACUUUAGGUGAGAAACAUGUUUUAGCUUUAAGGGGUUUUUAGUGGGAGCUACUGCGGCAGCAUCAUCAUGUAGUUUGGAAGAGAAAUACAGGACACAUUUUCCUUCAUCUGACUAUUUAGUCAAUUAACCUAUGCAACACACAACUGUAGGGAUCCUCCCUCAGGAGGGUUGGGUGGGGCGGGGUGCAUUUGUUUAAAAUAAAUGUCUUAUUAAACCUGCUAUUUCUGAAUGUUUGGGUGAUUUCUUGUUAUCUACGAUGAUCAGGGUGAGGGUGGCUUACAGUAAAACAGCCAGAAAGAUAUUGUGUUUUUAUUUGUAUAAUACCAAAUAUAUUAUCAUUUAAAUUUGUAUAAUCUUGUAAAAGGUAUCUUACCUUAGGACAAUGUUAACAUUCUC